AUGCUGGUUGCUAUGCUCUUGACGGCGCUCGACGUGCCGCUCAUCGCUGGAGUGUUGGAGCCAUUCGCGCGCGACAACGAAACGGCAGUUGCGAGUGCCGAAGAGUGCUUCGAGCUGCCGCCCAUCAAGCAUUUACCUGGGGAUAUAUCGGAGAAUGUUCUGGAGUCUAUCAUCAAUGAGUUCAAGGAUGUGUCCAGCGACGCCGAAGAGAUUCGCCGCGCGAAAUCCGAAGAGCUGCAGCGGAAGCUUAAACUGUACAACAGCAUCAUGGAGAAGAAGUGCGACGAGGAACUCAUACACAGCAGCCGGAGAAGCAGGAGAAGGGACGGCGGGUCGGGCAGCAGCACGCCUCGCAUGGCGACUCCGGUGCGGCGCGCAGACGCCGUCAGCUACACCAGUCCUUGCCUCAUGAACGUCAGCGUCUACGGGGAGGUGCCACAAAACGACGAUCUUCUCGAAAAGCAAAUAGAAGAGAAAGAAAAAAUGUUGGCCAAGCUGCUCAACCUGGAAUCCCUUAGCAUCAGCACCCCGAAGACCGAUCACGAGAAGCCGGAGCCUCCUCCCCAGCCGACGUACAAAAAGUUCCAGAUGAUAGACACUCCCUAUAUAGACCCCCCUAAAGAAAAACCAGCGCCCAAACAGAUUCAGGACUCUAGGCCCAUAGACUUAGUGCCGAAAGUCGUGCAGUUGCCCAACAACUGGAACUUGGGCGACAUAGAGUUGAAAUUGGAGAAGACGAACGGGCUGAAGGGCCCGCAAGCAGCCAUGUCCCCGGAGGAGCCCAUAGAAAGCGACUGGGAGAUCAUCUGAUGCCGCGCGAGGCCGAAGUGAGGUCAUUAGGAUUCCUUUGUAUUUUAUGCAAAAUCUUAUCGACGCCGCGUCGGCUGCGAGUUGCAACUUGGUUCCUGUGAAUAGGCUAUUUGACAUUUUAAGAUAAUGAUUUAUAAACCCGGUCUGUGAGCACGUAGAAUUUUGUCCAAUGACCCCAAGCUACCCAUCCUUAUCGCUCGCGCGUAAUGAUGUUGCUGUCGCGCUCGCACUCUCACUGCGGGCGCCCGUCGCACAGUCGCGACAGUUAUAUAAUUACGCGCGAGCGAUAAGGAGGGGUCAUUGGACAAAAUUCUACGUGCUCACAGACCAGACUAUAGGUCGUUUAACUCGAGUAAGUGCAUGAGGUAUAGGAGCGGCACGGAAGGGUGUUUUUGUAACGUCAAACGUCAACGAGAUCUCCUUCUGAAUUAUAUUCUUUGUCACGUCACAAUAUGUCAAUGUCACACCCUCGUGUCGCUCUCAUGCUUCAGGCAUUGAAUGAGCUUAGCGCUAGACCUAUACUAUUGAUAUCUACUCUGGAUAUCCGUUCUCAAAGCGAACGAUCAAAAUAGAUCCCAAAAAUCAGUAAAUAUACUAUGAUUUUUUUGGUUUGUGAAAUCUAAAAUAAUGCGUUAGGCACCAUAAUCACCAGUUAUCGACUGCUGCUCGACUCACGUUUCUGAAGUUUGUUAUUUAUUUUUACUUUACAUGCCAGUACGAUAUUGUAAUUUAACAUUUUGGCUAGACCGUGAUUAUUUAUUUUGCAAACUUUCAAGUGUUUUUCAGAAACCAGUCAAAUAGCCUAUUGCGGUCAUUAGUGUCCCGUUUCCUGCCGGUAUUCCAAUGCAUCUUCUGUACUAUUGUUUAAAUAUAUAUUUUUUACAUUACCAUCUUUAUUACAACUAAAUUAGGGUUUAUUUCAAGGCCAUCUUGCUUUUUCUAUCGCGUCAAGUCAUUCAUACUGAGGCAAGGAACACGCUAAUGAUCCUUUGUUUUCGAAUUUAUGUAGUUCUUUUGACAAUGCCUAGAAUUCUAAUAUCAACUAGUCCAAAACAGUCGCAGUAUUUCGUUCGCAGGUACUGAUAAAGGAACUACUGCAUUUUUAUAUGUUUGAUAAGUUAGGAUUAAAAGUAUUGUAGCUUUUAUACCUACGAAGGUUUAGGAAGGUGAGAUAACAGCUUUUUUAAACUAUUUGCAGUUACUUAUCUGAGCCUUUAGAAUUGUAGAAAGAGUGAAGGCAACUGCAAUAAUCAAUUAAGUAGGUAGGUUUAUUCAAAUAAAUAAAUAAUAGAUUUAGUUAAAAAAUAAAUGCAUUUAUAAGAAGCUUUUGAAAUCAACUUUUAAGCAGCUAAGCCCGGCAAUUUCUUUAAUUUUAUGUAUAGCAAUUAAUUAUUUCUGCUCAUUCGAUAAAAAGCUGAUUAAUUCUAUAAAUAUCGGUUGGUAUGCUAACAA